UAAUGUUUGCAAACAGUUUAGUGUUUAAGUAUAUUGUGACAAAAGACGAUUUAAAUUCACUUUCGCUGUACAAAAUUAUGAACCGUUCGCGUCCAGUUGAUCGCAAUUGUUGACCCGAUGUAAUAUAUCAUAUCAUCUGUUUACGUGACGGUUCCAGUUGUUUGUAUAGCGUCCGAUUAGAAAUGUUGUUCAAUGAUUUUCUAAACAAGUCCAAUGACUCCAUAUGACCUUUGGUGCCCGAUACAACUAUAUCGGAUAAACGAUUUGUUAGUCCGAUUACAUCGUCAAUUGUUAACAGGUGUACAGAAAUAUCGUUGUUUAUUUUUCGUAUCAAGGCGCAAAAUUCAUCAUACUCUUGAAUUAUACUAUAUGAAUUUCAAUCCACUAUUAUUCAUAAGCAACUAUGUUAAAUUUAUGUAUUUUUAUAUCACGAGUCAAGCUAUAUUCGACCCGAAAACGUUUUCGGAUUGGCAAUAUGUUAUAGUGUAUUUAUGUUGCAGUUGCUUGUUUUUAAGAUGUAAAAAUUUAUCUAAUAUGACAAGCGACACGCACGGACCGUUAACAGCUUACACUGGAGAACGUCUAAAAACAUUAUUAUCGAAUCUGGCCAAGCGAAAAAAACCGUACGUGAUUGAAGGGAUGCGAUCAAUGCAAUCAAUGGAUUUAAUGUCCGAUAUCGGUAUACGAAGUAAUAUAAUUGAAAUUUCCGCACAAUUGCUAAACAAAAGCAAAUUAGAUAAUAUACAAGAUGUAUAUCGGUUGACAGUUAGAUCAUUGACAAAAUGUAUAAAUAUUGCCUUAGAUGCAGAAAGGGAGUUAAAUGAAGCUAAUGGAGAUAUUGCAACUGCAAUUUCAGGUAAACUAAAUUGUGUUCUUUUGAAAAACAAAGGCUGGAAACAAUCACUAGACAUUAAUUAUAUACUGGUUGCGUAA